AUCAGACUUCUUCCACUAGUGGCUUUUGGGCCAAACUCAAUCCUUGGAAACCAGAAGCAAUAGCAGUUGCCUUUGCCUUGGCACUCCUACAGCGGGGGAAAAAAAAGUAUUGUCCUUCCUGCAAAAAUGAUUCUAAUGAAGUUGUAAAGGCUGGAGAAAAGCUCAAACAGAGUAAAAAGAAAGCAAAGAUGCCAUCUGCCAGUACUGAAAGCCAGAGAGACUGGGGCAAGGGCAUGGCUUGUGUUGGUCGCACUAAGGAAUGCACUAUUGUUCCUUCUAAUCACUAUGGUCCUAUACCUGGUGUUCCUGUUGGAACAACCUGGAAAUUCAGAGUUCAGGUGAGUGAAGCAGGGGUUCACAGGCCCCAUGUUGGUGGAAUCCAUGGACGCAGUAACGAUGGAGCUUAUUCACUUGUGCUAGCUGGAGGAUUUGAAGAUGAAGUG